GCAGCCCAAGCCCUCGAGUCCCCCCUCCACGGCCCCGUCGCCGCGGGGCAGCUUGCCGGAGUGGCCAGCGCGUGAAAAGAAGGGAGGGCCGAGCGUCCGCGAGGCGCGGCGCCGCGCGGCUCCCAGACUUCACCCCACCCAACUCUGGCGGCCGCAGCCGCCGCAGGAAACUGCCACAGCCUGGGGAGGGGGAGCGGGAAAGCAGGACCGGGACUCCUAGAGGGCCUGUCCGCUCCGGUCUCCACAGCUAGGAAACUCCUGUGGGCCGAUUCUGCAGCUCAAGGAGCGCCCGGGUUAGGUAACGCCCGAGCAUUUGGGGUAAGAGACCCCACCUGGCUCAUGCUCCCUCCUCAAACAAUACCUCGCCCUCCUCCACUAGAUGCCCCGGUGGAAGCCGGAGCGGAGCGCAGCGCAGCGCGGUGGGCUAGUCCUUAGCAAGCCCGGAGUGGAGAAGCGCAAGCCAGAGACGCGGAGGCAGCGCCGGGCGCACUCCAAGUGCAGGGGACGCGCUCGCCUAGCUCGGCUGCCGCGCCCUUGACCUCUAGUUUCAAGCUGGAAACCUGGGUGGAAGAAUAGCUGAGGAGCCUACGAAAACUAACUAGCGACCAGGGGCAGGACUGCGGUCUCUUCCGCGGUCCUUCCUCCUCUCCCACAUCCGUUCCAUGCUUCAGAGCUGCGCUCCGGAGCCAGGGCGAGGAGAGGCAUGGAGAAGAACGGCGCUCAGUGCGCCCCGCCGCUCGCGGGCUCCCAAACAGGGGUUUUUCAAGCCAACCUCUCCGCUGCUCCCCCCCACAACUGCAGCUCCGCGGACUCCGUGUACCAGGACUCCGUCGCCCUGCCCUGGAAAGUCCUGCUGGUCUUGCUGCUGGCGCUCAUCACCUUGGCCACCACUUUCUCCAACGCGUUCGUGAUCGCCACUGUGUACCGGACGCGGAAGCUACAUACCCCGGCCAACUAUCUGAUCGCCUCGCUGGCGGUGACGGACCUGCUCGUCUCCAUCCUGGUGAUGCCCAUCAGCACCCUGUAUACGGUCGCCGGCCGCUGGACCCUGGGCCCGGUGGUCUGCGACUUCUGGCUCUCGUCGGACAUCACCUGUUGCACUGCUUCCAUCCUGCACCUCUGUGUCAUCGCCCUGGACCGCUACUGGGCCAUCACGGACGCCGUGGAGUACUCGGCUAAAAGGACUCCCAAGAGGGCGGCGGUCAUGAUCGUGCUGGUGUGGGUUUUCUCCAUCUCCAUCUCGCUGCCACCCUUCUUCUGGCGCCAGGCCAAGGCCGGGGAGGCGUGCGUGGUGAACACCGACCACAUCCUCUACACGGUGUACUCCACGGUGGGCGCUUUCUACUUCCCCACCUUGCUCCUCAUCGCCCUCUACGGCCGCAUCUACGUGGAAGCCCGCUCCCGGAUUUUGAAACAGACUCCCAACAAGACCGGCAAACGUUUGACCCGAGCCCAGCUGAUCACCGACUCCCCUGGGUCCACGUCUUCCGUCACCUCCAUUAACUCGCGCGCCCCCGACCUGCCCAGCGAAUCGGGGUCUCCCGUGUACGUGAACCAAGUCAAAGUGCGAGUCUCCGACGCCCUGCUGGAGAAGAAGAAACUCAUGGCCGCUAGGGAGCGCAAGGCCACCAAGACCCUGGGCAUCAUUUUGGGAGCGUUCAUUGUGUGCUGGCUGCCCUUCUUUAUCAUCUCCCUGGUGAUGCCUAUCUGCAGAAACGCAUGCUGGUUCCACCUGGCCAUCUUCGACUUCUUCACGUGGCUGGGCUAUCUCAACUCCCUCAUUAACCCCAUAAUCUAUACCAUGUCCAAUGAGGACUUCAAACAAGCGUUCCAUAAACUGGUCCGCUUUAAAUGCACGAGUUGACUUGUCCACUGCACUGGGGGUCACCCCAGUGGCCUUUGGGGACCAUGUUGUGUCUGGUUCCACAGGUAGGUCGACUCUUCUUUCACUGUUACCGGGUCAGAGCGAGGCGCUGAGAAGCCAGGACAGCCCCGGGAGAGAGAGCACGGAAAGGAGAACUGUGCACACUAAGGAUAGAGCUUCCCUGCUGAGGAGGAGGCUCGCUUUCUUCCCUCAAACCCCAGGUCCAGCACUGGCCCUGCGGCAGCCAGUCACAAGGCGGGGUUUGCGACUUUUAAAAUUCUGUGAUGGAGAGGUGACCCCUGCCCUGCUCUGGUGUAAUGGACGAUGCCCUCUAGGAGCAGUGAUACGUGUUAGUUGUUGUCUGGAUCCUGUCUGAGACAGAUGCAUACAGCCUGGCAGUACUUGAACUAGACACUUAAUACCUUGUGUUUUGGGGAGAACUUUGUGUUACAGCCUCAUUUAAGAACAGUUACGUUGGCAUCCUUCGGUUUGUGUUUAUUUGACCUUGGUUGGAGACACUGGUGGAUUUGGUGCUUCAAACCCUAUGUGUGGCUUGGGGGGUACAGAGAAACCUUGAAGAGUUAACAGCAAAGUUCUGAUGUUAAGAUCUCUAUUUUUAUUACAAUUGAAACUAUAUGGGAUGGGUGGGUGGAAGGGAAAUGGGGAGAGAGCGUUAAACAGAGAACCAACACCUAUGAUUGUUUUCUGCAGAUUUUUGAUUUUUUAAAUUCCUACUUAGUGAUUUUUCAAACCACAGUUUUGACAACUCAAACAAAACAUUUCGUGUGCUAGUGCCAAAAUCUGCAGAUUGCUUUAUUUUUUCCCUCCUAAUUUCAUGUACCUGCCAUUUUACACAUUGAAAUCCCCAUAAGUGGAGGAUAUGAUGGGUGACUCAGCCCAAGCUGCUCUAUUUCUUAUUAAUGCAAUCGAUUAAACUGAUGAUAUUAGAUAUAUACUGCUCCUUAACAAGAAAUGCAUCUUUAUUCCUUAUCUAAUUCAGUGAUAUGUAAGGGAGACUGAUGAAUAGGAAUGGUUCUUAUUAAGGAAUGAAGGGCAAUAGGAGGAUGUAUAUUUUGACUUGUAAAAAAAUCUUAAAUGCAUGAGACUUUUUUCUGAUAGUCAUUUGCACUCUCCUUCCCAUCUGUAAUUCAUUUGUGUGCUAACAUAUAAAGUAACCAAGACAACUUGCUUGGUUCUACAAAAAUCUUCAAAAUGCAGUAAGAACCCCAAAAACUAUAUCAAAAGGAAAAAAAAAAGCUUGUUUCUUUUACCUUUCUAUUGAAGUUUGGGUAGGAACAAAGAUCACUAGAAAAUGACAUGCAAAGAACUUUAGAAAAGCCUCGAUAAACUAAAAUUGAGCUGGUAAUUCAUGGAACCAAAUCUCAAACUUUUUAGGUAAUCAAGAAACUGAUAAGCCUUGGCACCUCAGAAAUCUGUCACUGACCUGAUACCUCAAUGAAUAUAAUAGCAGUAAUACUUUAAAUUUAUGUCUUUUAAAAUUGCAACAAUACUUACUCUUAUCCCAAUUCACUCUAACGACUUCCUGACACAGGGCAAGAUUUAUACAUUAAAAGAUGAAAAAAAAAAUGCAUUAUCUAAAUAAAAAAGGAGUAGCCCUGAAGGACCAUCUACACAGAAAAAAGUGAAAUGUAGGCGGGCCAUUUAAUAUGCCAAAGAAGAUUUACAUUCCUUUCUUCAGAGAGCUAUCUGCAGUUGCUACCUUGUGUCUGCAGAAGCAAGUUUGUCUUUGGACAAUGAAUUCACUCCCUGCUUGAAGCUCUUCAGUCCAGACUGUGAGACAGUAUGUGUGUAGGUCUGAAGUGCACCGUUUGCCUACUAUGCAGACCUUCACGCUGGGGUAAUGACUCUUGAAAAUAUACUUUUCCAAGUUUCGCAGGUCAACUAAAUAAAAAAGGGACUUUUGAUUAACAUUUACACCAGUUACUGUAGUAAGAUACACCUUUAGGAACUAGAUGAUCCUAUAUUUCUUUUGUAUCCCCAGGUUUCUUUGUUUUGUUUCAUUUUGUAACAUUUCUCCUAUGGAGAAAUCUAGCUUACUACCUAUAGGAAUGUGCAUAAAGCAUGGUAUUUGUUUUUAUGUUAUGUUUGUUUUUGUUUAUGCAGCUGUGCUUUCUUUGGGCCUAAGAAGCAAUUCAGUCAACUUCUAGGACCUUAAAAGGGGAAAAAUUAGUAGAAACCAAUAGCCACUGACAAAUGAUUUCUUUAUUUGGCACCUACAGUGACUGUGUCCUCUUAUUAACAGAACAUGGUCAAUUCAGUCAAAGGAACUGUUUGCCAUUUUGUAGAUUACCCACUUCAAUUUUUGCUUGACUAUUUGGCUGAACUGACUGGAUUUGGGGCAUAUUAUGUGAGGUAGAAGCUUGCAAACCCUCGUAUUUAUAAGAGAUCUAGAAACAUCAUCUGGCAUUGCACAUGAUUAUGCAAAAGUGUAUCAUUCAUCCCAGGGGUAUGUAGUUAACACUGUUAAGCUCCUUUUCAGUUACUGCUGCCUAUAGUAUAGUUCUUUCAUAAACUAGAUACAUGGCUUUUUUGCAGAACAUAAAUGGGAGAUGGAAAUGUCUAACUUAAAUAGAAAUGAAAAUAUAUUUUCAUUGGCUGUUGUAAUAAAUAACAUUUUCCAUGUUGUUUAAUUGCACAAAAUUUCACAGAAAUAUAUGAAUGUAUACUCAUCCAAAAAUAUGAAUAUUGUCUUGUGUUUCUAGGAAUUUUAGAGUUUCCUUUUUAAAAAUGGACACUGCACCCAUGAAUGAAUUGCUGAGUUCAACAAAUUUCCUACAGAACAAUAAUCUUCACUUUCUCUCUCUAUUAUCUUAGUUUUAAUCUUCUUUAACCAGGAAACCCUAAAAGGACUAUAAUUCACUCAAGCAGUAACUUCUCAGAUUAUGUGUUUUUGAUGGAGUUGUUGUGAUUGAAAGUUGCCUUUGGUAUUCCACCUUUCAACAAAUGUGUAAUUGGAAAUGAAAUUUAGGAAAAUAAUAAAAGUCC